AUGGAGACAAGCUUCUUCAAGACAUCUUUACUGGACGCCAUCAUCCCUAACGACACAGAUACGGAGCUCUCUGAUCUCCUGGAGAGCAAUGGAGACCUCCCGGGCGAUUCAACCCGCCUUCUGGCCAUCAAAGAGAGAGAUAUCUUGUUCUUUGAUGAAAGAUUGAGGGCCUUGGCCGUCCUGCAACUGCCACAUUGUGAUGAAGAUACACUUCGGUCAUACCUCUCGCGACUGUCCUACACGAUUGAUGUCUGGGCUAUCGAUGAAUUAUCGAGCAAUGACCCAAGCGCUCCACCGACAACACCGCCCAAGGAUUUGGUGUUCUCUGCUGAACGCAUACAGAAGAACGAGCCCAUGGUCCUCGCCAGUCAAUCCACCGACAGCAGCCAGACCUUGACACUGAUCUGGGAAGUCGAGAUCGUCCUCAACCGGCCCAGAUUUCGCGUUCCUCAGCCAGCCAUCAUUUUCAUACCAUCGGCCACCAUCGGUGCUUCCCCACCAGACGAAAACAAGCAAGAUGGUGACCUGACGCCUUUCCAACCUCUCGAACCCAAUGUCCUGGAACCAAUGCGUCUUAUUCCAGGGCUCCAUGACAAUCCGCCAUAUAUUGCCGCUUCGAGGCUCCAAAGAACACUGCCUGUUCCUGCAGCCCACAAACCCCGAAUCCACAUCCCACAUGUCCCAUCACGGCGGCACAGAGCAGUACCUGCAACAAUUGCUCGACUACGCUACAACAAAGUCAAUGCCCCUUCUGCCUCCCCAGCCAAUGUUGCCAUACUGGACAUGGAGAUUAUCCCCUUUGUUCAGGUAGAUGCCGCCAUUGAACAUGUCGAUCUCACACCGAAGAAUGGCCGUGCCGAAUCAUUGAUGUCGGGGUUCUUGCCAAUGCCAUGUCGAUCUGGGGACUGUCUCACUUUUAUGUACAAACUCCAUCAAGCCACAGACCCAAACCUUUCUCUCGGAAUUGGUUUUGCCAAUACCAACGUCGACGAGCUUUCAAUCAAAAUCCGGCUGAGUGUCCAGCUGAAUCCGAACUGUCGACCACAAGUGAUCAUGGAAUGGACAACUCAUGUCGACUUCACACAGGCGUUGAAUCCUUCCUUUGGCCCGCCUUCGCAACCUAUCCAACGACCCAAUCGACCAACAAGUCUCUCCGUUGGUAAUGGCAACGGGUCUUCGGUGACGAUGACCGCUAUCACCACCAGCUUCCAACCAACAUCUGACACGAAGCUACAAAGUGGCCUCUCUAUAUCUUUCACCGCGUCCGAUACGCCAGUCCAAGUCGGAAACCCAUUUGUCUGGAAAGUUUUGGUCGUGAAUUGCUCUGCAAAGAUGGCCAAGAUCGCAAUCAUUCCACUGCCACGCAUCCAAAGACAAGCCACCCAAGCCCAAUUCUUCGCCAAACGUCAUGCUCCGAAGUCAUCCACCGCAUCCUUCCAUCCGAGUGAGCGACGACAUACCAAGGACGGCGACGACGUCGACAUUGCACAAGCCAUCGCCGAUGAAAAUGUUGUCUAUGCCAUGCAUCAUUCGAGCGCUAUACCGCCCGAGACGGAUUUGAUGGCGCUGACGGCCGAAUUGAAGAUUGGGCCACUCGGGCCGGGACAGUGUCAUGAAAGCGAGAUCCAAAUGGUUGCUUUCGAGAGUGGGUCUUUGAGGGCGGAUGCAAUCAGAAUAGUGGACUUGGCUAGAGAAACGGAAGAAGGGGCUAUGGCAAUGGGUGUGGUGACGGAUAUCAGAGAUUUACCAGAUAUUGUCGUGGCGAACGCUGCGGACGAAACACACUGA